CCUUUUGCUUCACUGAACCGCUCCUCUCUCGAUCUCACGCUUUCUUCUUUAUAGGGUUUUUGCAAGGUUUUAGAAAGUUUCCCAAAUUUGAAAUUCUUCAGUCUGACUUGAGCUGAAGCUUUUUCUGGCUACAAAACCCUAGACUUUAUUACGGGUAAGCCCUCAAUAUUUGUACAAUUUGAUUUACAUAUCUGGUUAGAUUGAUUUAGUUCUUUGUGUACUUUGUUUAAACCUUCUUCAUACUGUUAAAGAUUCAAGAUUGAAGAUGGGGUUCUACUGAAAAAAGUGAAAAAUUUACAUUUCUUGAAACUUUUGGGGGAAUUGUAUGUUUGAGAAAUUGAGGGACUUUAGGUUUUGUAUGCUGUUAAAAAAUUGAAGAUUGAAGGUGGGUUUCUGCUGAAAAAUGUGGAAAUUGUGAUAUUUUAGGGAAUUUUGAGUUCUGAGUUAUGUGAAAGAGACUAGGGUAUUGUAUACUGUUUGAAUCUUCUUUUUACUGUUAAAGAUUGAAGCGAGUUCUACUGGAACAUACAUCUUCGGGAAGUGUUGGGGCAGUGGUGAUAUUUUUGGGAAAUUUGAGUUCUGAGUUAUGUGAAAGAGACUAGGGUAUUGUAUACUGUUUGAAUCUUCUUUUUACUGUUAAAGAUUGAAGCGAGUUCUACUGGAACAUACAUCUUCGGGAAGUGUUGGGGCAGUGGUGAUAUUUUUGGGAAAUUUGAGUUCUGAGUUAUGCGAGAGAGACUAGGUUUUGUAUACUGUUCGAAUCCUUAUUAUUAUACUGUUAGAGAUUGAAGACUGAAGGUGUUUUUCUACUGAAGAGUACAUUUCUGGAAUGUUUUUGGGAAGUGGUGAGAUUUUUAGGAAUUUUGAGUUCUGAGUUAUGUCAGAGAGUCCUGGAUUUUGUAUACUGUCUGAAGCUUCUUUUUACUGUUAAAAGAUUGAAGAUUGAAGGUCGGCUUCUGCUGAAAAAUACAUUUCUAGAAGAUUUUGGGAAAUUGGUGGUAAUUUUGGAAAGUUGAGUUUGAGUUAAGUGAUAUGAGGUUUUGAAUAUGAACGAUGGAGGCGGGGAGAAUGUGGAAGACAGUGGCAAAAAGAAGAAAUCAGGGGUCAAUGCAUUUUCCCAGGCUAUUGCUAGAAUUGUCAUUGCACAGAUAUGUGAGAGUGUAGGGUUUCAGGGUUUUCAGCAUUCUGCAUUGGAUGCGCUCUCAGAUGUGGCGGUCCGGUAUGUUCGAGAAGUAGGGAAGACAGCUGAUUUGUAUGCGAAUUUAGCUGGCAGGAGUCAGGGAAAUGUGUUUGAUGUGAUUCAAGGAUUGGAAGAUUUGGGUUCCGUCCAGGGUUUUUCUGGUGCUUCAGAUGUCAAUCGCUGCCUUUUUAGUUCCGGGACGAUCAGAGAACUAAUUAGACAUGUUAAUGAGGCUGAGGAAAACCCCUUUGCGUAUUCUAUUCCCGGUUUUCCAGUUGUCAAGGAUGUGAAACGAAACCCUAGCUUUGUACAAGCUGGAGAAAGCCCCCCAGAGCACGUGCCUUCUUGGUUACCAGUGUUCCCAGACUCAGAAAGCUACUCAAAUUUGAAUUCAGCAGAGAAGAAAGACAGUGAUUGUAGAAACAGUAAGGUUGAGCAAGUUGAAGAGCUGAGAAAUGCAGACAAGCCUUUGGUGCCAGGGAGUGGCUUAGGAGCUUCUGUAGCUAUUAGUCAGGAAAAUCCUUCCAAGGCUAAAAGAGUAAUUCAAUGUAAUCCGUUUCUUGCCCCACCUCUGCACUUCGGGGAGAAGGAAGUGUCUCAAGUUUCUGUUCCUGUUAGACUUUCCGAUGAGGCCUUGGUUCAGCCUCAAAAUCAUGCAGCAAUGGAGAACCAAGCUUGUAUGUUAGAGACAUUUGCACCAGCCAAUGAAGCAGUCAAGGCUACUCCAGUGGACAUUGAAGAUGGCAGGAAUAACAUUCUAUUAAACACCAAAUCCCCUCUACAAUUUAGAUUGAGAAGGAGCGGAAAACCAUUAGGUAAGGCAGUUGGUCUUCUGGAUAAGGACCAUGAGAACUUUGCAUCUCCUCUUUGUGGUGAAAAUGGAAAAGAUGAUAAGAAGAGGAGGGCGGAACAGAUCCUUAAAGAAUCUGAAUCUGAAUCUGAUAUGCAGGAUUUGCCUCACUUGUAAAUUAGGAAUCAUUACUUAGAACUUGUAUACUAGUUUAGCAAACUGGUGGCAGUUGCUGGUUCCUAGGUUAUCAAAGUUAGGGGCCUAGAAUUGUCUGUGCUUGGAUCAUACAGACUGCUAGAGUGGUAAUUUUCACACUUUUUUGAGUUGCUAGCAAACUGCUUUCCUCAGUCUGCUCUACGAUGUCGAACAACUUUGGGUUGAUCAAAUGGCUGGGUGAGUGAAGCUGAAUG